AUGGUGGAGAAAUUAGGUAUGAAGUCUGAGAAAUAUCUCACUCCCUACAAGAUCGGUUGGAUUCUUAAGAGUAAUGAUGUGCAGGUUGAAAAGGUGUGUCGGGUGUCUUUUUCCAUUUGUCGAAAUUAUGUUGAUGAGGCAUUCUGUGAUGUAAUUGAGAUGGAUGCUUGUCAUAUGUUGUUAGGCAGGCCAGGUAGUUUAAUGUUGAUGCCACGCAUAGGGGGAAGGACAAUUGUUUAUAUCUUUAAGAUGGAUGGUCGCCGAGUUGUGCUCAUACCUCUUACAGAGAAGGGCCCAAUCAAAAUAGAUGUUGCUGAAAAGAAGACCUUUUUAGUCAUUGACAAUGAAGAUUUUUUAAAAGAUUUGAAAUUGUCUAACGAGAUUUAUGCUCUUGUUAUAUCAGGAAACAAGGAUUUUUCCUCCACCAAAAUUCCACCUGAAGUACAGACCUUCUUGCAACAAUUUGACACAGUUAUGCCUGACGAACUCCCUUCCGAAUUACUAAUGCUUCGAGACGUUCAACAUCAGAUUGAUUUCAUACCUGGAUCACACUUACCAAACCUGCCACACUAUCGGAUGAGUCCAAGAAAAGGGGAGAUCUUGCAGAAAAAAGUGGACGAGCUCAUCUAG